GCUGAGGGGUCUCCGCCGGUAGCAUGCUGCUCUUGCGGCAGCUGCACGAGGCGGCCCUGAGGCGGCUGCUCGCGCCCGCCGGGGGGCCCGCCGCCAAGCCCAAGGCCUCCGAGGUGCUGAGCCGCCACCUGCGGCAGCGGGGCCUGCCCCACUGGACCUCGUACUGCGUGAAGUACAGCGCCGUGCGCAACGACCAGUUCGGCCUCUCGCACUUCAACUGGCAGGUGGACGGCGCCAACUACCACGUCCUGCGCACGGGCUGCUUCCCCUUCAUCAAGUACCACUGCUCGCGGGCCCCGCGCCGCGACCUGGCGCUGCAGAACGCCGCCUUCACCGCCCUCAAGCUGCUCAACGCGGGCAUCCCAACUUUAUUAUAUGGAAUUGGCUCCUGGUUUCUUGUUAGUGUUACAGAGACUGUUCACACAAGUUGUGGCCCAGUUACUAUUUAUUUUCUGAAUAAAGAAGAUGAAGGUGCCAUGUACUGAAAUUGUGCUUUCAAGCACUCAUUUGGUGGGUUUUCACAGCUGUGGGUAUUUAUAUAUUCCUGCUGCUUUAAAAUAUAAACAACUUAAAAGCAAACCUUUGUUUUCAAUGUGUUCCUUUUUAAUGUGGUGGUGUCCUCAAAAGAAUUCAUUUUCCUUUUUUCAGUUACAAAAACUGUUCCUGUUUCAGCGGAGGCAUGAAAUGAAUAUUGGAGUCAAUGAAGAUAAGCUGUUAGCAGCUUUCGAAAAUGAAUUGACUUUUCUACUGUCCUCAAAAGCAUUAGCUCUAAAGACAGUGAUUGAAAUGCUUAUUGCUGAGAAGAAAUUUCUGAUUAUUUAUUUAAAAAAAACUUUAUUUAUAUACAUCGGAUAGGUUAUGAUAUUUGUAAUUUAACCUGAAGGCAAGGAACACAUUCUCUAAAAACGUUACACAUACAUCUCUAUCCUGAUAUAAUGCGGUCCUCAGGAGACAAAAAAAUCUCACCACAUUA